GUCCGUGCAGAAACGCAUAAUUGUCAUUCUAUUAAUGUGACUUCCGCAAUCAAAGUUGCAAGAGUCCCACAUGGCACAGACUGACAGGAGAGAUGCUCCCGGACUUCCCGACUUUUCAUUACUUAAAAGACUGGCCAGGGACCAGCUUAUCUAUCUGCUGGAACAGCUGCCAGGGAAGAAGGACUUGUUUAUUGAUGCAGAUUUGAUGAGCCCGCUUGACCGAAUUGCGAAUGUCACCACACUUAAGCAACAUGAAGUGGACAAACUGUAUAAGGUUGAGUUAAAACCAGUCGUCAGUGUUUCAGAUCAACUGUGCUUUUUGAUACGUCCUCGAAUACAGACUGUGAAAUGGAUUGCAGAUGUAGUUAAGUCGGACAAGGCAGUUGGAAGAUUCAGAAGAUACAAAAUCAUAUUUACUCCUCAGAAGUUCUAUGCAUGUGAGACUGUUUUGGAGGAACAGGGAGUCUAUGGCGAUGUGACUUCUGAUGAGUGGGAAUUCUAUCUUCUUCCACUUGAUGAUGACAUCAUCAGCCUAGAACUGCCUGAAUUCUUUAGAGAUAAUUUCCUGGAAGGAGAUCAGCGCUGGGUGACUACUGCAGGAAGUGCAUUACGCCUGUUACAUUUCCUCUUUGGCCCCUUCUCAAAAGUCUAUGGGAUUGGACGAUGUGCCAAGAUGGUGUAUGAGUCAUGGAGGGAGCAGGUGGAGGAUGGGGAGAAGAAAGCGCAGAAUCCUGACAUUGGAAAUGUUUUCCUCAUUGAUAGAGAUGUGGACUUUGUUACACCUCUGUGCUCUCAAGUUGUUUACGAGGGACUGGUGGAUGACAUUUUCAGGAUUAAAUGUGGUAGUGUCGAAUUUGGUCCUGAUGUCACAUCCACUGACAAGAGUCUAAAAGUGAUGCUUAACUCACAGGAUAAGGUAUUCAAUGAAAUUAGGAAUGAGCACUUCUCCAACGUCUUUGGCUUUUUGAGUCAAAAGGCCAGAAAUCUUCAGACAGCAUAUGAUAAACGAUGUGGUAUGGAUAUCAAGCAGAUGAAGGCGUUUGUUGCAGAAGAGCUGAAAGGCCUGAAACAAGAGCACCGUCUUCUCAGCCUGCACAUUGGUGCAUGCGAGUCCAUAAUGAAGAAGAAAACAAAGCAAGACUUUCAGGAAUUGCUGAAGACUGAACAUUCUUUACUUGAAGGUUUUGAGAUUCGUGAAUGUAUCACCUACAUUGAAGAACACAUUAACAGACAGGUGUCGAUGAUCGAGAGUCUAAGACUCCUUUGCCUGUUGUCCCUUACUGAAAAUGGACUUCUCCCGAAAGACUAUCGGUCCCUGAAAGCUCAGUACCUUCAGAGUUAUGGUAUAGAGCACCUGCUGAGCUUUGCCAAUCUGAGACAGAUUGGUCUGCUGGUAGAGCAGCAGCCUGGUGAAACACUAACAGUCAUGGAAAGCAAAGUGGGCAAACUCGUUAAUGACAAGACUGCCGGAAAGCUGACUGAUGCUUUUUCCUCCCUGGCCAAGAAAAGCAAUUUCCGAGCCCUGAGUAAAAGGCUGAUGCUGAUACCCAAGACAGGGGAAGAAUAUGACCUCCGUGUCCCACGAGACAUGGCCUAUAUCUUCAGCGGUGCUUAUAUCCCUUUAAGCUGCAAACUGAUUGAACAGGUGUUAGAGAGGGAUGGCUGGACAGGGUUUGAGGAGGUCACACGCAUGUUGAAUGGACAUGAGUUUGCAGUAACAGGAGGCAACAGUGGGACUGAAACAAGAAACAAAACAGACCCUCAGAGGAUUAUUCUUGUGAUGUUCCUAGGAGGAUGUACUUUUUCAGAAAUUUCAGCUCUCCGCUUCUUGGGCAGAGAGAGAGGUUGCAAAUUCAUUGUGCUGACCACAGCCAUCACGAACAGUUCCAGACUGCUGGAGUCUCUGCUGGAUAAUCAGGGGUGAAUCUUCAGUGGUUCAUGUUACAGGCUAAAGGCAUCACAGGAGGGAAGUGUGAAGUCUGCAGGACACAGCUGUGAGGAGGCUUCGAAAGGACACCCCCCCCCCCCCCCAUAACAUGAAUACCAUUGACAAAAAGCACUACAUGUCAUUUCAGUGAAAAAUGAGUAUACAUGUUUAGAUUUAGGAAUGAAACAAAAAUUAUUAUGAAAACCUCAUCAACAGGCCUUCCCGUUGCCAACUCCAGAUGUAAUGUUCAUGCUCUAUUUGGAAUGUGAUAUGCAGUGUAAUAACCAGCAGGGGAAAAGAUCAAUAUUGAUCUUAAAUUUGGGUGCAUCUGACACUUAAAUCAGAUUAAAGUUUGUGAGCAUUGCAUCUUA